GGGUCCGGCACCGCAGGGCCGGGCUGCUCGUAGCGGCGGCGACGGAGCCCCCCAGCGGCUGAGGGGCUUCCUCCCAGCUCUUGCUGGUGGCCGGGACUCAGCAAGCCCCCGCAGCCGGGGAACGCGGGGACCCCCCCCACCACCACAUCCAGGACCCAGAGACCUUUAGGAAAGCGAGUGGCCCCCCAGAUCCAACAGAGAUCGACUCCCCAGCCGGGGAAAGCGGAGACUACCUCCGUAUUCAGAAGACAGCGACCUCCCUGCGGUUCCGCGGACUCCCCCUCUUCAGUCUGGGCCCCCACAAGACCUAGAACGCAGUGACCCCCUGUCUGGGAUUGUGGGGACCCCUUCUCAAGAUCCUGGCCAUUACAACUCCACACCUCAAGACACGAAAAUCCAGCUCAGAACGCCCCUAGAUCAGGGGUCUUAGAUCCCCCGAUUCCGGCGCACAGAAACCCCAAAUCUAGGGACCCGAGGACAGCAAGAGCUAUCCCUCACCAGCAAGAGGCUUUGGGGACCCCCACUGAAAGCUCCAGGACCGGGGCGACUGAGCCUCUGGCGGCCCCCUUCUCAUCCCGGCCCAUGAUCCUGGCGCCCUGAGCCCCCCGGGCCGGGCUAACGACGGAAACCGAGACGGCGCCCAGGCCCCCUGCCGCGGCGUCCCCGCGGCCCCAGCUCAGGGAGAAGAUGAGCGUGGGCUGCCCAGAGCCCGAGCCUCCCCACUCCCUGCCCUGCUGCGGGCCAGGGACCGCCCCCGGGCUGGGUGCCGGCGUGCCCCUCCUCACCGAAGACAUGCAGGCGCUGACCCUCCGCACAGUGGCCGCGAGCGAUGUCACCAAACACUACGAACUCGUCCGGGAGCUGGGCAAGGGCACCUAUGGGAAGGUCGACCUGGUGGCCUACAAGGGCACAGGCACGAAGAUGGCGCUGAAGUUUGUGAACAAGAGCAAGACCAAGCUGAAGAACUUCCUGCGGGAGGUGAGCAUCACCAACAGCCUCUCCUCCAGCCCCUUCAUCAUCAAGGUCUUCGACGUCGUGUUUGAGACCGAGGACUGCUAUGUCUUCGCCCAGGAGUACGCGCCCGCCGGGGACCUAUUCGACAUUAUUCCUCCUCAGGUGGGGCUCCCCGAGGACACCGUGAAGCGCUGCGUGCAGCAGCUGGGCCUGGCGCUGGACUUCAUGCACGGUCGGCAGCUGGUGCACCGCGACAUCAAGCCGGAGAACGUGCUGCUGUUCGACCGCGAGUGCCGGCGCGUGAAGCUGGCCGACUUCGGCAUGACGCGCCGCGUGGGCUGCCGCGUGAAGCGGGUGAGCGGCACCAUCCCGUACACAGCGCCCGAGGUGUGCCAGGCGGGCCGCGCCGACGGCUUCGCGGUGGACACGGGCGUGGAUGUGUGGGCCUUCGGCGUGCUCAUCUUCUGCGUGCUCACCGGCAACUUCCCGUGGGAGGCGGCGUCGGGCGCCGACGCCUUCUUCGAGGAGUUCGUACGCUGGCAGCGGGGCCGCCUGCCGGGGCUGCCGUCGCAGUGGCGCCGCUUCACUGAGCCAGCGCUGCGCAUGUUCCAGCGGCUCCUGGCGCUGGAGCCCGAGCGCCGCGGGCCGGCCAAGGAGGUCUUCCGCUUCCUCAAGCACGAGCUCACGUCCGAGCUGCGGCGCCGACCCUCGCACCGCGCGCGCAAGCCCGCCGGGGACCGACCGCCGGCCGCCGGGCCGCUGCGCCUCGAGGCGCCCGGGCCGCUCAAGCGGACGGUGCUGACCGAGAGCGGCAGCGGCUCCCGGCCCGCGCCUCCCGCCGUCGGGCCCGGACCUGUGCCGGUCCCCGUCCCCGUGCCCGUGCCGGUCCCCGUGCCCGAGCCCGGCCUGGCCCCCCCGGGGCCUCCCGGCAGGACCGACGGCCGCCCGGACAAGAGCAAAGGGCAGGUGGUGCUGGCCACGGCCAUCGAGAUCUGCGUCUGAGCCGCCCCCGCCGCCCUCGGGGCCCGGGCGCCGAGCAGCAGCCAGGCCGGGGCGCGGGGAGCCGCCCUGGCCUAAGCGGCCAGCCCCCCGCGGCGGCAGGAGGG